UCUAGAUUUCAGUUUAUUUUAUAAAUAUAUACAUAUAGAAAAGGUGGAAUUUGCAACCAAAUUAAAAUAUUUGCAUCAUGUUUGAAGGGAAGCGAGUGCUUAGCUUUUUGUUGUUCCUGUUGUUGCAUGGAGACGGCGGGUAUUCGCAGAAUGCAUCAGAAGCCUGGAUACCGGAACGCUGCAGGUAUCUGAAGGAAUCGGGCGAGCUAAUGCAUCAGCAGUGUAGAGGCAAAUAUCCGCUGGUGGCAUACACCAAGUUUCGUGACACAUUCAUGAAGCAGACAGAUCGCAUGGCGAUCUUUAUGCCAGCAUCUGCCCUUUAUGUGAUGGCCGCCCUAAAAGAGUCAGAAUUGCACGAAUGCGAUAGCAUUCAACUGAUCGAGGUCAACAAAUACGUCUGCUGGCAUGGCGUUGGUGGCAAGCGGACCGUUAAACUCAAAUCAGCGAAGAUAUUUUGUUUUCCAUUUCAUGUACAGUUGCCCGAUGAUCUCAUGCAUGAAUGUGUGCUGGACAGGGAUGGCGUUAGCGACUCGGAACUGGAACAAUUAGUGCUGCGCACCAAAUGGGGUAUCAUACAUUAUGUCUUUGACAAUGAUUCGGCUAUGCAAUAUUGGCGGACUCAAGAAUCUUGCAUUCUUCAAACGAUAUUAAUGAUCGCUCUGCUUCUGCUUUAUUAACGAGCUACCUCCUUUCAUUUCCUUAUUUCCCUCCUAAGAUCCUGUAGAAAUAUUAGAUUAUAGCAGCUCAACGAAUGUGAAUCGAAUCGCAAAUAGCGAUUCAUCAAAAGUUAAUCGAUAAGAGCUACGUAGUACUUCACUUUGUUCGCGUAGUGCCUCUUGCAGUAUCAUGCACGAUCGUCAAAAUAGCAACUGCAAGUCACGCCCAAUUACGUCAGUAGUGUUUAGGUGCGACGCUGUUUAUCUUAUGCCACAAAGAGGGAGGCAAGCGCAGUACAGGGUGAUCUCUCGGUGGCAGGGCGUUUAAUUUCUGUGCUCUCAAUUUCGGCAGUCGUAAGGCAGACAUUGUGGAGGCUAGUCGAUAAAGGCGAUGCGAUUUUUCCUUUGACAGUUCCAUGUAUUUUUAUCGCUUGGCUUACAACUAUUAAAUUGCAUAUUUCGCAAUGUUGAAAUAUUCAA